GUUGUGUGUAAAGGAAAGGCAUCUGUUUGAACCUGAAGAGCGACAACCGUCAGACGGUGCCACUUUUUCUGGAAACAGACUUGGCCGUUCUGAUUGGCUGACUGUGCAAAGUGCUUGCAUGAUUAAUGACGGCACGCGUCUCACCACCAAAUCCCCACGCGUUAAACAUUUUAGACUUGAUUCACGCCGUACGCAGUAUCGACGGUGGCGGGCGACAAGACCGGCGCGAGACGUAGACGCAUCAAGCAGGCAGCAGGAUGCUCGAGCGGCGUGCAUUCUUCGACGACUUUCUGCGAGAGCGACAUUGAGAUAUUCAGCCAUCAAGAAUGUCCUCUUCGCAGCCCUUCCAGCUCUCCUCGCCCGUUGCUGGUGGCCGCAAAAAGAAGUCACGCUUCACGUACAAGCAACUUCAAUCGCUGAGUCAAUCGUCAACAACAUGUCCACUCAGGGUGAUUGCAUUGAUCGAUUAUGACGCAUUCUACGCGCAAUGUGAAAUGGUCCGGCUGGGCGUGGAUGAAUCUCAACCUCUGGCGGUGCAGCAGUGGCAGGGUCUGAUCGCCAUCAACUAUCCAGCCCGUGAAUACGGUCUGAACAGACACGUCACGGUCACGGAGGCAAAGACCAAAUGUCCCGAAAUCGUGGUUCAGCAUGUUGCCACAUGGCGUGAAGGCGACGAAAAGUGGGCAUAUCGAGAUGAUGCAGCCAAACACAUUCAAACGGACAAGGUGUCAUUGGAUCCUUACCGACUCGAAUCACGCAAAAGCCUGGCUCUUCUCAAGGAAUACCUCCCAGCGCCACCCAUUCAGAAGGUUGAAAAAGCAAGCAUUGACGAGGUUUUCCUCGACCUAUCCGCACAAAUCCACCAGAUCCUUCUCGAACGAUUUCCCGAGCUGAAAUAUGCGCCGUACGAUGACCCAACAGAAAACCUACCACUACCACCAUCCACAGCGCUGGACUGGCAGGCGGAUGCUCUGAUCGAUCUCGAUUCUGCCGAAACUGAGGACGAUGACCCAGAUUGGGACGACGUGGUCAUGAACAUUGGGUCUGAAAUUGUUCGUGGCGUCCGCCAGGAGAUCCGCGAAAAGCUAAAAUACACUUGCUCAGCGGGCAUUGCGCGUAACAAGAUGAUGGCAAAGCUUGGUGCCGGCUACAAGAAACCCAAUCAGCAAACCAUUGUUCGUAACAGGGCAGUCCAACACUUCCUUUCUGGUUUCAAGUUCACGAAAAUACGCAAUCUGGGCGGCAAAUUAGGCGACCAGGUCGUGGAGACAUUUGGCACCGACGAAGUCACCGAACUUCUUAAGAUACCAAUCGAACAGCUCAAGUCGAAAUUGGGAGACGAUACGGGAACAUGGCUCCAUGGGGUCAUUAGAGGUGAGGACCACAGCGAGGUCAAUUCACGCACGCAGAUCAAAUCGAUGUUAUCAGCAAAGUCAUUCAGACCUAGCAUCAACACGACGGAACAGGCGAACAGAUGGCUACGUAUCUUCGUGGCAGAUAUCUACUCGCGACUAGUUGAGGAAGGCGUGGUCGAGAACAAGAGAAGACCAAAGACCAUUACUCUGCACCAUCGUCAAGGCGGACAGACCCGAUCCAAACAACUGCCCAUCCCACAAGGCAAGAAGAUCGACGAGACGAUCUUGUUCGAGCUCUCAAAGACACUGCUCGGCCAAGUCAUCCUCGACGGACGGGCUUGGCCAUGUGCCAAUCUCUCGCUGAGUGUGGGUGGCUUUGAAGACGGUGUCGCCGGCAACAAAGGCAUCGACAUAUUCUUGCUGAAAGGCGAAGAGGCCAAAGCCGCCAUCGACAUUCCUCGCAGCAACACCGGAACGCCAGAGUUGCAUCCCGAGAAACGUCGUAGGCUCAACAACGACGGCCCGAACAUUGCGCGGUUCUUCGCGAAAAGCGAAAGUACCGGCGAGACCAACGACGAUGCGGAAGAGGACAUGAUCGAAGAACCCGAGGGUGAAGGACAGCCUCACACACCUCCUCAGCUCCAUCAACAAGACAUCGCGUCAUACUUUUGCCCGGCAUGCCAGAAAUCCAUCAGCGAAACCGAUCGCGCCGAGCACGAAGACUGGCACUUUGCCAAAGAUCUUCAAGCGCAGGACGUGCCGACCGUGUCGGCUCCAACAACCAGCAAUAGUUGUCCUCCAGGUCCUUCGACGUCGACCAGCAAACCCAAACGUGGCGGCGCAGCAAGCACUCGCGGACGAGGCUCUAAGCAGCCUGAAAAGGGCCAGAGUCGGCUCGCCUUUGGAUAGGAAUCCACUCUUGGUGUUGCCCAUA